UUAUUCCGCCUUUGAGACGCAGUGGGAGAGGUGUUUGACUGAGUGAUCACAACUUUUGUGCAUGAACUCUGUGCUUCCUCUUGAAAAAAUGUAAAUGCUUACGGACUGUUAAGGUGUUAUGUUACAUGGAAUGUAGUUCAUGAAAUCAGAAGUUGUUGUUAUAAAUAUUUUCCCCAGAAACACUUGAAAGAAGAAAAGGAGCAUGUGUUAAGAUGGAUGUAAGGGUCCUGUUGAUAUUAGUUCUGCUAGCAUUUGUCUCCCGCAGCAGAGCAAAAACAGACAGUAAUGAUUGCCUUUCUGGUGAAACAUGUGGAGAAUGUAUUCAGAUCGGGCCACAGUGUGUGUGGUGCAAAGAUCCUGAUUACAAACCUUCCCGCUGUGAUCACCAGGAUUCUCUGGAAAAGGCUGGUUGCACUGCACUCGGCAUUGAAAACCCCAGAGGAACAAUCACCAUUGACAAAAACAAACCCGUCACGAACCGUAAACCUGAUGUUGCGGAAACAUUGAAGCAUGAUGAGAUCACGCAGAUGCAGCCACAGAAGCUCACCUUAGACCUCAGAUCAGGUGAGGCACAGAAGUUCACUUUAAAGUUCAAGAGGGCAGAAGAUUACCCCAUUGAUCUCUACUUUCUGAUGGACCUCAGCGACUCCAUGUUAAGUAAUAUUGAGAACGUCAAGAACCUCGGUACUGAACUCGCCAAGAAGAUGCAGGGCACCACGUCAGACCUGCGGAUUGGGUUCGGCUCAUUUCUGGAGAAGCUUGUUAUGCCCUUUAUCCUGACGACUCCAAAGUAUCUGAAGAACCCAUGCUAUCCUGGUAACUGCACUGCACCUUUCACCUAUAAAAACGUCCUGAGCCUGACCAGCGACGGCCAAGCGUUCACCCGAGAAGUGAGCAAGCAGAAGACCUCUGGAAACCUGGAUUCCCCGGAGGCAGGAUUUGAUGCAAUCAUGCAAGCUGCCGCCUGCACGAAAGAGAUUGGCUGGAGGAACGUGACUCGACUCCUUGUGUUUUCCACGGAUGCUGGAUUCCAUUUAGCUGGAGAUGGAAAACUUGGUGGAAUUGUUCGUCCCAAUGAUGGGAAAUGCCAUCUGGAGAAUAACAUGUAUACUAUGGGCCACUACUUUGACUACCCCACCAUCUCUCAACUGGCAGACACACUUAGCGAAAACAACAUUCAGACCAUCUUUGCUGUGACUCAACCUUUCCGGGUGAUUUAUGAGCAACUGUCUGCUCUAAUACCUAAAUCAAAAGUGGGGAUAUUAUCUGCAAGCUCCUCCAAUGUUAUCGAGCUCAUCCUAGAGGCCUAUAAGGAGCUGUCCUCUGAGAUCAUUCUUGAGAACAGCAAGCUGCCUAAAAAUGUUUCCAUCUCCUUUGUUUCUCACUGCAAGAAUGGAGGAAGCCAAAAAGGAGAAAAUGGGCGCAAGUGCUCCAACAUCUCCAUUGGGGAUGAGGUAACGUUUGAUGUAGAAAUCGUGACUGAAGGUUGUCCAUCAAAUGGUAAAUCUGAGACGAUAAAGAUCAAACCGUUGGGAUUCAAUGAAGAGGUAGAGGUCGUCCUCAACUUUAUCUGUGAGUGCGAAUGUCACAAAGACAACAUUCCAAACAGUCCAGUGUGUACAGACGGCAAAGGAACUCUGGAGUGUGGAGUAUGCAGGUGUAAUGAAGACCGACUAGGCAGGUUAUGUGAGUGCAGCCGAGAUGAGGUCCAGAGCGAAGAUCUGGAUGCAAACUGUCGCAUGGGCAACAGCACGGACAUCUGCAGCAAUAAUGGAGAAUGCGUCUGCGGGACGUGCGAGUGUAAAAUAAGAGAUAAUCCAGAGGAGAGAUACAGCGGCAAGUUCUGUGAGUGUGACAACUUCAGCUGCGACCGCUCCGACAACAAGCUCUGUGGAGGUCACGGUCGGUGUGUGUGUCGGAAAUGUAUCUGUGAUGCUGACUACACAGGCAGUGCGUGUGACUGCCCUCUGAACGACUCGACCUGUAGGACUGGUAACAAACAAAUGUGUAACGGUCGAGGCGUCUGUAAGUGUGGAAAGUGUAUAUGUACCGACCCAAAGUUUCAGGGCGACACCUGUGAAUUCUGCCCGAGCUGCCCUGGAGUUUGUACCGAACACAAGGACUGUGUUGAGUGCCGAGCAUUUAAGACCGGUGUCAAGAAAAAUGGAUGUGAGGGGUGUAGUAACUUCAAUUAUAUACCGGUGAAGAAGAAGGAAGAUCUUUCACCACACAUUGACCCGCCCAAUGUCCCUCUUUGCAAACAGCGAGAUGCUAAUGACUGCUGGUUCUAUUUCACUUAUGCUAUCAGAAACGACAAUGUUGAAGUACAUGUCGCAGAGAGUCUUGAGUGCCCGUCUGGUCCUGACAUCAUCCCCAUUGUAGCUGGUGUGGUCGCAGGAAUCGUUCUGAUUGGUUUAGCUCUGCUGCUCAUCUGGAAGCUGCUCAUGGUUCUUCACGACCGCAGAGAAUUCGACAAAUUUGAGAAAGAAAAGAUGAAUGCCAAGUGGGACACGGGUGAGAAUCCCAUUUACAAGAGCGCUGUGACCACUGUGGUAAACCCCAGAUAUGAGGGAAAAUAAUGGGCAAGUGUAUCUGUCUCCAAGCAAAGUCUCCACAGGAAUUGUAAAGAAGUUUAUACAUUUUUAUCACUUUUUGCUGUGCAUUUGACCUAGUUCUGUAUAUGCAAUCUACUCUGUUUGGGUACAUUGUUUACUUAUGUAAACACACAUGUGAUCUGUGUCGCUCUGUUUUUGUGCUUUUAUUGUUGAUUACAUCAUGCAAACAAAAAUCUUUAUACAACAUAAUUUUUUGACGACCAAUCAAAGCACUUAUUCUGCUUGAAAAUUACUUUUUUGUUUUUAAAUUGUUUUUAAGCAAUUGUAUUAGAAGAUUUGAAUGGUCUUUGAAUGGAAAUGUCUUAUUAUUAAAACAUAGAACAAAAAAUGUACUUCAUGGUUUAGAUUUGAGAAUGAGAAAAUAAACUCAGGUCUUUCAUUAGUUCA